AUGAUUGUGGGCCAGAGUAAAGGUAGGUGGAAUUUGGCGGGAGUAGAGUUGGUUUUGGGGGUGGAUUGAAGGUUUUCGUAAUUUUUUGACGAAAAAAAAGGAGAAAAAGCCUCGAAAAUUGGUUUACUUUUUGUUCUUUCGACGUUGUUUUUACGUUUUCUACAAAAAGUUUUUAGAAUUUUUACGAAUUCUAGUUUGAAAAAGGUUUUAAAAACAACAAUUUAAACCUUUCAAUUUAAAAAAUUGUAUAAAUUUGCCUUUUUUUCAUAAGAAAAAGCUGUUUUAUUAUGAAAAAAGGCUCAAAUUUGUGUUUUUAUUUUAAAAAAUAUAUGAUGUGUGCUCGUAUUUUACCUUUAAAAUCGUUUUAAAAAUUCAAAUUCCACUUUUCUCAUAUAAAAAAAUUGAAAUUCUGCUCAAAAAACUUUAUUUACCAUUAAAAAACGGCUGAAAUCUCCUAUAUUUUUACGUUUUUCAACAAAAAAAGUUAAUUUAAACCCAAAUUUAAAUCGAAUUUUUCAAAUUUAAAGCCAGAAGCUAACAUGAAAAUCGAUUUUACUAUUAAAUUAGUAAAGGAAUCAAGGUUCAACGCUGGGUUUUACACUUAUUUUCUCAAACGAAAACAAAAAAAGUAACGAAAAUUGAUAAGGAAAUAGUGUUUUUGAGUUUUAUGUUGGUUUAGAUCGAUUAUUCUAGGUUCUCACCUUAAAAAGCAGGUUUUAGAAUGAGAUAAAAGAUAUUGUAGUAGAUGUUCUAUGCAGGAUAAUAUAGAAAAAUUGGUUAAAAUUAUUAUAAAAGCUAGUGUAAAACGUAGUUAUAGCAUCGAUAAUACUCUAAUCGAAUAGGACCAGAUAUGAGACUUAAAAAUCUAUUUUUGUUCGCAUGAGGCCUUAGAAUGCAUAAAUGCAGCAUGAGGCCUUAGAAUGCAUAAAAACGAUUUAAAAUAUCAUGUUGUAAUGCCGCAUAUCAUAGAAUACCUAUUUGAUACUAUUACGUUGGUAAAAAAAUUAUGAGCUACUUUUCAAAGCAUAAGGUGUUGUAGGUGAAAGAUUUUACACUUUUUUUUCAGAAGUGCUGGGCCAAUGCCUAGUAUGUGGUGAAGAUUCCUUCGGCAAACAUUACGGCUGCCCGCUGGCCUGUCUGGGCUGCAAAACCUUUUUCCGCCGUGCCGUGAUCCACAAACAAGAUACGAAAUGCAAAAAGCCGGGCAUUUGCGAAAACGAAGUAUCGGCACGUCGCUUGUGUCGCUCGUGUCGCUUCAAGAAGUGCCUCGAGAUGGGGAUGAGUGAGGAGGCGUUGCAACCGCGACGCGACGUCAUUGGGCGACGACGGCGACCGGCGCAACACAAAAGCGUGUCCGAGCCGGUACCAGAGGAACCUACUACGAGCUCGGAGAGUAGUAGCCCCGAGGCUUUAGGACCGAACAUGGAUUUGCUCAAUCUGAUAUCACAACUGACUGAGAAUGAUAAGGCGACCAGGGCCAAGAAGUUUGAUCUGAUUCGAAGCCGGACCGAAGCCAAGCGGCUGGCUAAGACUGUCAAGGCUGGGGAUGAAGGGGUAAGUCAUAAUAUGGUAUUAGAGUUAGUAUUAUAUUUUACUAUAGUAGCUAGUAGAUAAUAAUAUAUUAUACUGUAGUAGUUUAUAAUAUUUACGAUGUAGUAAAAUACGUCUAAUGGCGAUGUAAGAAAUUUAUAUGUACCUAAAGUAAUAUAACUUGUUCAGGAAGACAUGGACAAGCCACUGAUGAUCAUGUUAGGGCCAGAUAUAUCGACAGUAACACAAAUUGAUCUCCAAAUGUUGUUAGAAUGGACCAAAACCUUGCCUUGUUUCAUGGGCUUGCCUAUUCAAGACCGGUUGACUUUACUUAAACGGUAAGUUUUUUAAAAGUAAAUAUGUUUAUGUUAAUGUAAGUUAUGGUAAAAUGCCCUACCCUACUCUGCCCUACCUUGUUCUGCCCUUACCUUGCCCUUCCUUGAAGCACCCUUUUCUACAGUAUCAAAUAUUACUGCUUUACCCUUCUUGAAUAUCUUACUGUAAACUGUCAUACUACUACACAACCUUACAACUAUCUUCCCUACUUUCAGAUUCGCAGUUUAUCACCUCAUCUUAGAACACGGAUACUACACAGCUCAAUUAGACGUGAAGGAUGUAUGGUUAAUAUCGAACGGGACUUGUAUGCCUCGAAAUGUCAGUGUACUGCCAGAAGAGAUCAAGCCUUUGGUUUCAGAAGAUCGUGCAUGGCGACAAGAGAAGUUGUACAAAACAAUGACAGAAAAGUGCAUCGACGAAGUUGCUAUACCAUUAAAACGACUUCAGUUGAUGCCUGAAGAACUGGUGACAUUAAAAGUCAUCAUGUUGUUCAACUAUGGCAAUCAUCUACAUCAUGGUAAUGGUGAGUUGCUUUAUAAGAUUUUUUUGAUAUUGUGAUAUUUUUAAAGCCUUAUAACGAUGUAAUUUCAUCAAAAAUAGAAAGAAAUGACGCUCCACCAGUUGGAAAUCACAAAACUUAUAAUUUAUCUUGUUAUAGACACAGAAGACGCCCUGUAUAUAACAGACGAGACCCGCAAAGUAAUAUUGGAAUGGAAAGAUCGUAUCAUACAGGCUCUCUUUCAAUAUUACCGCAAAAUCGGCUACAAAAAUUAUGAAGGUAUGUUUUAUUUUUAAUUUUUAGACAUAUUUGACGAAGUGUAACAAGUUAUUGGGUUUUUUCUUUGAAUGUGACGAAAUGUCACACAAAUUAUUGGUUUUUAUAAAAUUUUAAAAUUAGACGAAAUUUUAAUUUUUGAGAAAAGAAUUAACUGCUUUUUAUAUUUUGAGACGAAAUGCCACUAAACAUAUUGGUUUUUAUAAGUUGUGACGGAAUGUCACAAAAAUUAUCGAUUUUUUAAAAUGUCAAAAAUGGUAUUAAAAAUUAUUAGAUUUUACAAUUUUUUACUUUUUGUCAUAUUUUUCGAUAUUAACAGUAAUUUAAAUUGCGAAAUUGCCACAAAAGUUAUCGAUUUUUAUCAAAAACUUUGACCAAAUGUCACAAACUUUAUCAUUCUCCAUUUUUAGAACGUUUUGGAAAUGUGAUAUUGACAAUAUCCGGAAUAGUGUCAGCAGCGUCCGCUGUUCUGGAGAGUUAUCAAGUGAUGAGAUUGUUCAAGAUCGUCCCAUUCGACCACAUUUCCGAGCAAUUGUUGUUCCAAAUCGAUGCCUAG